AUGGCCGGAUUCGGUGGUCCAGAUAGCGAUCAACCUCCCGUGGAGAGUGAUGGCUUGAAGACAGAAGCCCGUUAUGGUGAAGACAAUAACCGGUUCGUCCAGCUGCCGCACACACAUUCUGUGGCUGUUGAGUCAGCUCCGUGGACUUCAAUUCAUCCAGCUCCGGUGUCUGAGUCGGGAGCUGUGCCGAUAUCCCAAAGUGGCCUAGAAGAUCGAGGAAGCGAUAUCCAAAGAGCCAAGAACGCUUGUGUUAGAUGCAAACAGAGGAAAACAAAGUGCACCGGGGGAACCGUGUGCAGAAACUGCUACAUAUCAGGCUCUGAGUGUGUGUACAAAGAGAAGGACAAACGAGUUGCGGUGACGGAAUCGAACUUGCGAAACCUUAAAGAGAGAAUUAAAUAUUUGGAGGAGCAGUUGUCUGAGCUACGAGAGAAAAAUAAGACUAAAUCCGUGGAUGCUGUCUUUUUCUCUGGUCAGGAUGACUCCCAGCUUCAGGAAAAUGGUGGAACCAACAAAAAACGAAGACGCUCGUCUUUGCUGAACAUGCAGAGCAGAAAGGACUUUUUGGAAUCGGGCUCUUCAGAUAUGGUCAUCAUGAAGCUCACCGCUAUGCAAGAGCGUUCCAGAGGAAAUUCUUCUGUUGGUGAUGUCAACCAUAACAGUAGCUUCAGUGAAACUUCGAGACCGAAGAAGGGGGAUCAAAUUCCAUUUCACGCUAAGGUCUCUGAUGAUGAGACUCCUCGGAUCACUCUGGAAGAGGCAGACAGGUUGCUACAAAUCAGCCACUUCUUCCUGAACUCUGUAUACUUGCCCUUUGAGCUCUCUGCUGCGAGACUCAAACUAGCUGAGUUAUAUGCAGGUGGAGAGCUGAGUUUCCCUAAUAGUCCCGAGAACAAGUAUUGGAAACCGCUCAUUUUGAUUCUUUUUGCACUCGGUCACCAUUAUUCAGGUUCGCAUUAUGAUGGCGCUCUUAGCAAGAUACCCGAGGCGUUGAUCCGUGUUGCGUUCGAGGAGUUCUUCCCGUUGCGGGAUAUGGACCCACAGGCUGCAGAAGUUGCUCUGGUUGCUUCCCUCUAUUUCCGUGCUAUUUCGCAGGAUAAUGAUGCCAUGUUCUAUUCCAAUCUCUCUAUUGAGAUUGCCGUUAUGUUGGGGAUGCACAAGAAGGACUUAUCUACCGAAUACACAAGAGAAGAGAUCGAACACCGGUCCAGAGUGUUCUGGGUGUCAUUUGGGGUGAACCGAUUCUUGGGUGCAAAGAUGGGCCAUCCUUUGCUUUUAAGUAAUAAGGAAAUUGACAGGGAUUACCCCGAUAUGGUGUUAUUUGAGGGGGGGGCCGAAAUUGACGUUCCAUUUCCAAAUGCCCAGGAUUUCAAGUUUUUCGUCGAGCUUGCGAGGAUUGCAGAAGACAUAGGAAACGUUAUCUACAAAGAGAGACAGGACAAUUAUGGUGAUUCGCCAGAUGCGGGCUUCUUGGAGUCCAUCGCGGAUUUGAUCCAAAGACUCAUCAACUGGAACGAGUAUGCCCCUCCCAAUCUCAAGAUCAAUCUUAAUGAAGUAGUUGUUGGAGAUGGGAAAGCAAAAAGACUGCGGUGUUCGAUUCACCUCAACUACUGUUACUGUAUCCAUCUCACUACCAUUCCCAUUCUUUAUCGUCUGUUGGAGAAGAGAAAUGCCGAAGGUGAUGCAUUCAUUUCUAUCGACGACCUUCCGCAGAACAUCUCCACCAUGUUGUCAAUUUGUCUCAACGCUGCCCAAUUGACUAUCAACAUCCUUGCUACGUGUUUCAACGAGAAGAUGCUUGCUGUUUUUGGUGUUAUGGACCUGGAUUACGUAUUCAGUUCAGCGCUGACAUUCUUCAUGGCCAUGAUCUUGGGUGUGGAUGUUCAACUAUACAGUCUGGAGGCAUGUCUCAAUGCGUGCUUCAACAUUCUGGGUGAAAUGUCUAAGAGAGGCAACGCUAGUGCGGUUGCCAAACUUUCCAAACUAGUGAGUCUUAUAAAGGGCUACGAAACAUCUGCUGAUGCCCAUAACAACUCAGUGGUUUCUCGUCUGAGAAGCUUUGAGGCUUUGUCCUCCAGGCAAGAAACGGAGCGUGCUGUUCCAGAGGAACCAGCGGUCUUUGAAGCCGCAAAGCCUUUGUCUAUUGCAGACAUUGACUCUGUGAUUAGCAUGCCUGCCCAGGUGGUUGAUACGUCGUUCUUGCCCUCGGCUACCGAGGAUAAACUGGACUUUUUGAAGGACACAGAUCUGGAAUUCUGGGAGAAUGCCUAUAAAAGCGCACAUACUGCUGCAGACUGGGAUGAGCUUCAGAAAUAUUUGCAGAUAUAG